AAGGCCGCGAAGGCCGCGAAGCCCCGCGGACUCCACGACGGCGGCGAAUCCUUAUCGAUAACGCGGCGGCACACUGUGGAGCGCCAAGCGUUUCACAUUGGAUCCGCGGAGGAUGCCGAAGGCGGGUCGCUGAUGGGAGUGGCGGCGGAGGCGCCUGCUGCCGGCACUGCCGGCGCGACCAUCACCGAGACGAGGACGACGAGGACGUGCAGUGAGGCGGCGGGGUACGCCUAGUGAUUCGCGAGUGAUCCAUCCAAGUGGCCCCAGCCUCCCGGCGUUCGUCUCUCCCUCUCUCUCACUCUUGCUCUCGGGACGGCAGCAACAUGGCCGACGACGAAGUGAAACAGGUGUUCCUCGACAUCCGCAAUGGACACUCCAGUAAAAACGGCUCCCCCAAGAAGGCCGUCGACGGGGGUGCCGUCCGAUCCCCCUCGAAGCUCCCCGAGGUGCUGGCGUGCUGCUCGGCGCUGUCCUUCCACUUCGGGCUGGGCCUGGUGCUGGCGUACUCCGCCGUGCUGCUGCCGCAGCUGGAGGCGCCCGACAGCGACAUCAAGAUAUCCAGGGAGCAGGCGUCGCUCGUCGCCAGCAUCGUGGCGCUGUCCGUGCCCAUCGGCUCGCUGGUGACGGGGCCCAUCAUGGAGGCCCUGGGCAGGAUCCGCACCGUGCAGCUCGCCUCCGUGCCCUACAUCGUGGGUUCGGUGCUCAUCGCCACGGCCACCGGCUUCCCCAUGCUGCUGGCCGGCCGCUUCCUCACGGGCAUCGCGUCGGGAACGUUCGGCGCCAACCCCGCCAUCGUGUACACGACCGAAGUGGCGCGGCCUGAGCUGCGAGGCUCGCUCAUUUCGAUCGGACCUUUUAUGGUCUCACUAGGGACCUUCGUCACCUACAUCGUGGGCGCCUACAUGCACUGGCGCACGCUGGCCUGGGUGUUCGCCGGGGCGCCCCUCAUCACGCUGGGCCUCAUGCUGCUGUGCACGCCCGAGAGCCCCCUGUGGCUGGCCGCCAAGGGCCGCAGGGAGAAGGCGCUCAAGUCCGUCAAGUUCCUCGCCAGGAAGGACCCGGCCAAGCUGGCCUCGGCCGAGGCGGACGUGGACGCCCUGGUGCUGGCGGCCGAGGAGCGGCGGGCGUCGCAGCGCAGCGGGCUGGCGGCCUUCCUGGCCACGCUCUUCAUGCAGCGCACGGGGCUGCGGCCGCUGGUCGUCGUCGCCACCCUCUUCGCGCUGCAGCAGUUCUGCGGCAUGUACGUCACGCUCUUCUUCGCCGUCAGCUUCUUCAAGGACGUGGGCUCCGCGAUGGACCCCAACCUGGCCAGCAUCCUGGUGGGCGCCAUCCGCGUCGUCACCUCGGUGCAGGCCACCUUCAUGAUGCGCCGCUUCGGGCGUCGGCCGCUGCUGCUGCUCAGCGCGUCGUGCUGCGCCCUCGCCAUGGCCGUGUCGGGCUACUUCGCGAGGAUCAUCGCCAACGGACCGGCAGACGGCCCGGUGGCCCUGAACGCCACGCUGCCCGAGGACGCGGAGGCGCUGGCCGCGGCGGCGUGGGUGCGCUGGGUGCCGGUGGUGGCCAUCCUGGUGUACGUGUACUGCGGCAUGCUGGGGCUGCUCACCAUCCCCUGGACCAUGACGGCCGAGAUGUUCGCGCCGCGCGUGCGCAGCCUGGGCCAGGGCAUCUCGGUGGCCCUGGCCAACGUCUUCAUGUUCGGCGCCGUGCAGAGCUACAAGGACCUCGUCGGCCUGCUGGGCGGCGUGUGGGCGGUGCACUGGCUGUACGCCGCCGUGGCGCUCAUCGCCGUCGUCUUCGUGUACUUGUUCGUGCCCGAGACGCACCGCCGCACGCUGGCCGAGAUCGAGGAGUACUUCGACACGUCGCUGGUGUACCCGCUGUACCAGCGGCGGCGGCGGCAGCAGCGGCUCGGCCUGGAGCAGGGCGGCCUGGUGGUGAACCGCGCCGACUCCCCCACCGGCCACAACGAGAGCGGCGUGGCGGCCAACGGCGCCAACGGCCACGGAGCCAGCGCCGCGCUGCUGGACGAGAAGGCCUGAACCCUGGAGGCGCGCCACACGCGGGGCGCACGGUGCUCUCGCAACGCGUGCUUAUCAACGCGACCUCGGCCUGCAAUUUGAACCAUCGCACACAGUGCCGGCAAUAGACAGAUUGCAAACAGUGCUCCGUCUCUCUUGCACCCCUACACGUGCGACGACACCUCUCUGUUCGGUAUCAUCAGCCUGCAGCGGCCUGCAGGCACCGGCCUCCGGAUCGAUCUCCUUGGAGUCCUCUGUGUGCGCCACUCCGCGAGUCGCCAUACUGCUUGCCGACCCAUUGCCACUGCGGUGUCAAAACACAACUUGGGUGCGUCGGAAGCCCGCAAUGCAUUGGAGGCGAGUACAAUGAAACUGCAGCGGUGCUGAUGCCAAGGCGGCUGAGAUCUGUGCAAGGGCGGAUCCAGAGACGGGUUCAGGGGGGGGGGGGCUCCCCUGGAUCCGCACCUGGAUCUGUGUAUAGCAAAAAAUAUGUUGUUUCGUCGGGCCACAGCCAUUCUCCGGCCACAUUACGGCGUCUCGAAACAAAUGGCUAAAACGGUGUUCAAAUUUUUAUGGUGGUGUGGACCGUGGAAACAAUAAUACAAUUUCGGACAAUGUCGAAAUCCCGGCUGGAAAAUAAAAGUCCUGCGUCAGAAUGGAUGUCUGUUCGACGUGUCGAGAGCUAGGAUGGCGAGCGCCUGCCGGUAGGCACACCAUCGGGCAUGCGGGGCGGAAAGCUAAUGAAUGGAAAACAAUGCCGAGUUCUGAAUGUCGGCACGAACUUCUUCUUAAUCAUAUCAGCCGCACUGAUGCCCAAAGUAGGUGCUGCCGGACAUGCGUUAUCUCACCUUGGGUCAUUAUGGUAAUCCAUGGACCAUUAGUUUGUAUUAUGCCAUGACUUUUGAGGCGAGCCCACGUGUAUUUAAGUGUCUCUUUGUGCUGCUUUCAAGUCUGAGUUUAUUCUUUCAGUGUCGUUUAUACUGAUGAAGCUGUGAUAUAAUGUAACGUAGUCCACGCCAUAAAUACGUGCCAUGUUAGAAUAAUUUAAUGAAUACUUUGUUCAAUACUUAGGGCUUAAUGUGUCCCAUUGUUUCAACCAUGUGAACGGCCGAGUACUUAUUUAUACCCUAGUUGCAUACGGUGUGUCAUGCAUACUGCUAAAAUUGGUGUUCAUAAACUGUCGUUCAAUGUGUAUUGUUAGAUUUUAUUUUCACAAUAAACAUCACAUAGGAUACAUUUCCAAACGCUCGAAA